AUGAUCCACCCAUCUCUCGGCCUCCCCACCAACGCCUCCCUCCUUGAAUACCUAAUCUGGAUCACCUCCAUCUUCCCAAUCUCCUACACCCUCCUCUCCAUAAUCGAACACCUCCAAAUCCACGGAAACCGGACACACUUUUCUUCUACAAGGGAAGUAGGGCUAGGGAAGACGACGAGGGUUCCGAAGGCGAAGAGGAUAUUGAGGAGGGUUGGGGGUGGGUCGAGUGCGUUACCCUUUACGUGGUUACCGCCACUGUUUGCGAUACUAUCUUACCCAGCAACCUCAACCACAACCGGGCACUUCGGCCCCCCAGAUUGGACAGAUACCUUCGCAAUCGUUCACACACCCCGGAACUCCGCCCUCGAAUGCUAUCUCUUCCGCUUCCUCGGGAUCCUGAUGGCUUUCGCUGCUUUCCUCUGGUGGCGGUGGACACAAUCGACAUUCACCCCCCCUCCAGACAGCUCUCCACCCGUAGCGGAACGCCGCCGUUUAUCGAGACUUGGACCGUAUGGGAUUACGCGACACCCGUUGUAUUCGGCGUUGACGCUCAUGAUUUGGUCAUAUCCGUUUUUGUAUAAUAAUUGGUUGUUUGGGGUUACCGGGUGGAUGAUGGUCAGGAUUUGGGUACAGAAGAUACGGAAGGAGGAGGAGGUGCGGAAGAGGGUGGGUGGAGAUGGGGAUGGAGAGGCGUGGAGGAGGUAUGUUAGGAGGGUUAUGUGGAAGUUGGUGCCGGGGGUGUGGUAG